AUGCCGUCACACACAUCUGUUCUUUUCAAUUUCCCCGAUGCUGAUGUUGUUCUCACUGGUGGAGGUGACCAGAAGAGACGAUUUGCGGUACACAAAUGUAUCUUGUCAGCCGCUUCCCCCGUCUUCAAAGACAUGUUCAUGCUUCCACAACCCACAACCGCCGAUGGCGCCCUACCCGUCGUGGAUAUGAUAGAGUCUUCGAAGGUCGUGUUAGCGUUGCUGCAGUUCAUCUACCCUGUUCCCAACCCCACCAUUUCGUCUUUGGACGAACUCGUUCCCGUCCUCGAGGCUGCGAAGAAACUGGAUGUCGAUGCUGCCCUUGACUCCCUUCGCAAGCAGCUUGUUCUCUCCGAACACGUCGAGAAUGAGCCGUUACGUGUUUACGCGAUUGCCGCGCGAUUUGAUCUGCAAGAGGAGCUCAAGAUUGCAGCUAAACACACAUUGAAAAAGAAUGUCCUCGACUGCCCGUUGUCCGAGGACUUGAAACAUAUAACCGCUUACGAUUAUCAUCGUUUGCUCGAUCUACAUCGUCGGCACUCCCGUGCUAUGCAGGACGCGCUUCAACCUGACCGAUAUAGGUGUGGCCAGUAUUGUUACCCGGCGAAAUGGUGGACUGCGUUCAUAGAGGUGGCGAACAAGGAAUUGGCUGAAAGACCUAGCACCGAUGUCAUUUUUCGGCCGGAUUUUUUGUAUAGGUGCUACUCUUCCCAGUCCCAUUGCGGCGCGUGUGCCGAAUCGGUUCUCUCUCAGUUUACGGACCUUCUGAAGCUGAAGGAAUCAAUUGAUGCACUUCCGUUCGCAGUAUAA